UGUGUCUCUCGUCCUGCAAGGAGGGUCCACUCGAGACCGGAAAGAUGGGAGUGUGGAGCGAGAGAUUCUGGCUGCCCUACAACGAGACCUGGGAGAGCGUGCCAUCCAAAUAUGGGUUCGCGUACCCGCGGAGCCGGGACUUCCUCCCUGCCAUCCCCAUCGCGGUGGCAUUUCUUGCAGUCAGAUUCCUCCUGGAAAGGUUCGUGUUCACGCCGAUCGGGACAUCCGCGGGACUGACCGACACCUCGUCGCGGAAGACGCAGUCCGCCAAAGGGGAACCGCGCCGCGAUUCGUGCCUGAAUAUCGCCGUGUGCAAGCAGACGAAGCUCACGAAGUUCAGCGAAUGCUGCGUGAAGUGCGUGUUCUACGUGAGUCUCUUCCUCGCCGGGACGUGGGUCAUGUGGGACAAGAAGUGGCUCUGGGAACCAAGUCUCUGCUGGGAUCGCUAUCCCUUCCAUGAAAUCCCCAAGGACGUCCGAUGGUAUUACCUGGUGGAAAUGGGUCUGUACGUCUCCCUGCUGGUGGCCCAGGGAUUCGACACGAAGAGAAAAGAUUUCUGGAUCGAAUUCACCCAUCACAUCCUCACGCUGGGGCUCCUGAGUCUCUCUUUCCUCUGCGGGGCGACGCGGUGUGGGGCCAUCGUCAUCUUGCUUCACGAUGCGGCCGAUGGACCCCUGCUGGCGGCGAAGGUAUGGAAGUACUUAAAGAGAGAGACGCUGGUGAUGGCGUCCUUCGUCCUCUUCGUCCUCAUCUGGUUCGUCUCCAGGCUCAUCCUCUACCCGGCCCUCAUCAUCUUCCCCAACGGCGAUUGUUUCGCCAUCGCCCUUCUCUUCUGGAAACUUUCUUUGUUCGAGAUUGAUGCAAUAGGUCCAAUAGAACUGAAGGAAGAGAAGCGCCCAGAGGAGAGAGAUGAAGAAGAUGAUGCCUCCGUGACCGGAAACUCUCUUGAUCUGAAUGUGGCUGAGAACAUUGGGGUUAUCCUGAAAGACCGAGUUGAGGCUCUCAUGCACAUGGAGGGCAAGCAGCAUGGAUUCUCCCUGGAAGUCUUGCAAAGCGACAUCACCAGGGGGUCGAAAGACGUGAGGAGCGACACGGAGGAGGAAACAGAAGACGAAGAAGACGAGAAAAAGAAGAAACACUAA